AUGGCAAGAAUGGGCAUGGGAGACCCAUCUCCAAUUAGCACAAAAUCAGAACUAGAGUAUUUACGAAUGUUUGUUAACAUACUUGGCUUACCUGUCAUAUGGUUGGAAGCCCCAAUGUCUGUUGUCCAUUUUAUGUCUGCAAUGGUAUUGUCCAAAGUGUCAUUCGGUGUUCACCAAGUGGUGGAGGACAUCGUUGUGGAUUUGCUGAAAAGGAGUUAUUGUUGUAGCUGUGGUUCGAAUCCCUUUACCGUUGUGCCUGAAAACCACGUCCAUUGGAGGUGA